GAAUUUUUUUGAUUUGGUUUUUAAUUGUGAACCGGUGUCAAUGUAUUAUUAAUAGAUUUUUAUUCAAUUCUUUUUUUUUACUUUAAUUAUGAAGAUUUUUUCUUCAAAUCUAUUGAUUAGUAUUUCAAUUAUCUGCUUGAUUUGUCUGGAUCAAUUGAAUCUUGUUUCUGGAUCACUUGCUUGUGGAGGAUUCAUAAAAUCAAUAGUAAAUAUUAACUAUGCUCGUGUCUCUAUUAAAUUAUUAACUGCCAGUGGUAAUCUUAAAUAUACCUCUGAAGGAGCUCCAAAUAAUGGUUACUAUUUCAUUCCUGUUUAUGAUAAUGGUGAUUAUGUUUUAAAAGUUGAUGCUCCAUUUGGAUGGAAAUUUGAACCCAAUCAAGUGCAACUUAAAAUUGAUGGUACAAGUGAUCCAUGUACUCAGGGUGUCGAUAUAAAUUUCUCAUUUAAAGGAUUCACUAUCACUGGAAAGAUUAUCUCUGAUAGUUUAGAUUCUGGCCCUAAAGGAGUAACUAUCAAGCUGAAAGAUAAAUCUGGUAAACUUAUUAAAAGUGUUAUUACCAAAUCUGAAGGUUCCUAUGCCUUUGAAGAAGUAUUACCUGGAGAUUAUGAGAUAAUUGUCGAUGAUGAGAAAUUAUCUUUCGUUGGAUCAAAUUCUAUUAUUGUAACUGUUUCCGAUGAUAAUGUAAUUUUAGAUCCUAAAGACUCUAAGCAAGUGAUAACAAUCAGCGGUUAUUCUGUUGGUGGACGAGUUACAAGUGACGGUGAACGUAUUGGUGGAGUUAAUUUUGCUCUUUAUUCCCUUUCUGGUAAAAAGAGAGUUCCAACUGGCUGUAAUACCGAAUCAAUUGUCAGUCGUAAAGUUGAUAUCACAGCUUCAGCAAUUUAUCUUUGUCAUACUCUGUCCACUGUUGAAGGUCGUUUUGAAUUCAAGAAUCUUCCUCCAGGAAACUAUCGAUUGAUAGCUUUUUACAGAGGCAACAACAUUGAAUUUGGUGUUGAACCUUCACACAUUGACUUUAAAGUAGAACAUGAAAACGUCGAGUUAAAGAAUGGAUUCACUGUGGAAGGUUUCAGUGUUUCGGGGAAAAUAUUAACCCGCCAGGGAGGCAAAGGUAUUGAAGGUGCUCAGGUUUUGGUUAAAGAUGAUAAAGGAACCGAAAAAGUAAUCAGUUCGCUCAAAGAUGGUAUCUUCCAUUUGGAAAACAUGAAGACUGGAACAUAUUCCCUACAAGUGAAAGCUUCUCAUCUGAUAUUCGGGAUCACAACUGUCAGAAUAUCUCCAUCAUCACCUUUGAUUCCUGAUAUAAUUGCCUCAGCAUUUGAGACUUGUGGUCAAUUGAAAUUCAAAUCGAAUCCUAUUCCUUUAGAAAUUGAGAUUACCAAAAGUUCUGGAAAGGAUUUUGUUUCACAUUCAAUUAUUACUUCCAAAUCGGAUGGGACAUUUUGCUCAUUUUUAGAGCCGGGAAAAUACCGAUUCAAACCCAUUAUUCCAGUUGACCAGGAAAACGAGCUUGUAUUUACUCCUAAAUAUUUAGAACUGUUGAUCGAAGAAAAGUCCAAACUCGAUCUUACAUUUCACCAAUUCGCUGCCUCUGUUUCAGGUUCAUUAAUAUUGAAAGAACCAAAAGUUAUAGUGAACGAUAUCAGCAUUGAUUUAAUUUUAGAUGAUAAGACUAUUGAUAGUGUUCAACCUGAUCAACAAUCAAAAGAAUUCAAAUUCAAAUCUAUUGCUCCAGGUAAAUAUCGUCUUAGACUUCGUAAGGGAGAUAAUAUCUGGUGUUGGAAAGAAGAUGAAAUGACCAUUAACAUAUUGGACGAAGAUUUAACCGGAAUCAAGUUUACUCAAAUCGGCUAUUAUCUAACUCUAGUCACCUCUCACCCCGUGAAAGUUACAAUAACUCAUACAACAUCUAAGAAAUCAAUUAAUGCUGAAAUCAAAAAUGUCCAGCAACCUUUCCGUCAAUGUUUACUUGAAUCAGGUCGAUACGAAGUCAACACUGUCUCAUGUCAUUCAUUUAAAAACGAAAAAGGCCUCAAGGAGCCUUUUAUUUUCGAUACUCGAACCAAGGAAACAUCUUCAUCACUAAUUAUCCGAGCUUACAAACACCAAUUAACCGGGUCGGUGACAGUUACUGUUCCAGUUGAAAGUUCUGAAGAGUUUGUCCUUUCAUUAACUCGUAAAUCAAAUAUUAACGAUCAAAAGGGAUCAACAAAUGGAUUGGAUUAUUUACCCAGCUCAUCUAAAUCCGAUAAUCAAGGCAAUCUAAUCAAAAUGUUUAAAUUUUCCUUAUUCGCUGAGCCCAAUGAAUUGCUCACAAUUGUACCAUCGUCGACAUCCCUUUAUUCAAGCCUCCUAAAUUUGAAAAGACCAUGGGCUCUGAUUGUGCUCGAUGCUGUUUCAUUCAAAGGACGUAGUGGACUAUUUAUCAAAGGAUCAAUUUCUCCACCCCUGAUGGAUGCUACAAUUAAAUUAUAUUCUCGAAGUGAUGAUCAACUUAUGUAUGAAACCGUCACGGAUGCCGAAGGGAAAUACACCGCUGGUCCUUUUGAUUGUUGUGAUGCAGGAAUUACCAUUGACCGUAUGAUUUAUGCUAAAGCGGAAAAAGUGGGAUAUUUAUUGAAAGAAUCAUCUAAAUUUGGUCAAUUUGUUAGCGAGAAACUUUCAUCACUAAUUGUGAAAGUUACUAAUGCCGAUGGAUCACCAUUGCCUGAAGUGCUCAUCUCCAUCUCUGGUGGUUCUAAUAAUUUCCGUAAAAAUCUAAUCACUCCUGCAACCGGUGAAUUAUCAUUUAUUGGAUUAAAUCCUGGUGAAUAUUUCAUGAGAUCAGUUUUGAAAGAGUUUAAAUUUGAUCCAGCUUCAAGAAUUGUUGACAUUAAACAAGGUGAAUCUGUUACACUCAAUGUCAAAGGUGAAAGAGUUGCUUACAGUUGCUAUGGCUCGUUAACUUCCAUGUCAGAAGAGCCUGAAGCUAAUAUUUUAGUUGAAGCUGUUGGUUAUGGAGUUAAUGAACAAGGAUUUGAUUGUAAACAGUUACAAGAAGAGGUAACAUCAGAAUCUAAUGGUAACUUUAGAAUUCGUGAUUUAAAACCUGGAUGCAAUUAUCGAGUUAGUGUUAAGAAAUCAAAUGAGCAAAAUUUAAUCGCACGUUCAUUACCAGAAAAUGUGAUAAUCUCCGUUGGAAGAGCCGAUGUUACCGGCAUUAAAUUGAUACUUUUCACUCGGAGUAACACCAUGGAAUUGACUGGAGAUAUUAUAACUAAUCCAGAAUUUUGGCCUUCACUCCGUGUUAAACUUUUCUCUGAAUCGAUUGGCGAUCAAUUGUUGGCCUCAAUUCCAGUGACCAGUGGUUUCUUUUCCAUUCCAACGCAAAUUCCAGUAGACAAUCGUUGGUAUAUUCUAAAAUUGGAAUCAACUCUGCCCACUUAUUUAUAUUACUAUGAAACGGCCUCUCUUACUUUCCAGGCCAAUACAACAUACUCACAUUUUCAAUUCCAAUUUGAUCCAAAACAAUCAUCUAAUUCAGAUUCUUUCAAUGGGGAACAAGAUAACAUCAGCACUGGAUCACUUUUCACUUUACCUUUGUUUCUCCUUUUAGGUUUAAUAAUCUACAAAUUUGAUAAAGUUAAACCGAUUUUCGAUUAUGUUAUCGAGAAAGUUUGGUCAACAAUACAUCCCGAUGGAAGAUCAUCUCCAAAUUCUGACGGUUCGUUACGUCGUAAAAUCAAAUCACGACGAACCUAAUACACUUUUUUUUUAGAAUUUAGGAUAAAUUUUUAUCUAAAUUAAUUUAAGCCUUAUAGUCUUGAGAAAUUAUUAUUUACGAUCUUGUUUGCUCGUAACAAUUAUCAUUUGUAAUAAUUUAACUUUUCUCUCACAAGCAAAUCAAUUGUAAUUUACACUGCGAUAAACACUUUUAUACAUCUACAUGUAUAUUGAUACAGGUAAACGGGAAGAAUUAAAUCAUUUUUUGUUAUCUAUUAACAACUAAAAUUGUCGAAUAUUUUUCAUUGUUGCUUUUAUGAUAAACACAAUUAACAUCGAUGAACGAUAAACAAUAAUUUGAAAAGUGAUCGACAUUUAUUGUUGGAAUCAAAUGACUACAUGAUUACAUAUACAAAGAGAAAUACAAAAUUUGGUUUAAACGAAAAAACAAUUAGUUUUAAUUUACAAUUUGGAUCAACUAUCAGUGUUUUCCAACCAAUUACCUCCUAUUGGAUCUAGAGCUUGAAGUACACGUCGAUUUUGUGUAUCGAAUAUUGAUUCAUUUCUUUGUUCUAUUGUAGAGAGAGUGAGUAUCGAUUGAUCGAUCGAUGAUUUCUGGAGAUCGUUUCACUGACCCAGAAGUUAGAGGCCAAUUCAGUUUCUUUA